AUGAAAUUUAACAAUGAAUAUCCAAAUAUUUAUUCUUUUAUUCAUUUUCCUCCAAAUCUUUUAAAACAUGAAUAUAUAAACCUUCCUGGAAAUCCUUGUUAUAAUAAAAAAAUUGCUGAAGGUGAUACAACAACAAGAGUUUAUAUCUAUACAACUAUAAAAGUAAAAAAUUCUAUCUUUUUUGACAUGAUAAAAUGUGCUUUAUCUAAAAAUCAAUUUUAUAUAGAUGAUAUAAUGAUAUACAAAAUUCCAUAUAAUCGUAAAGAAUUUUGUAAAAAUACCAUGGAAAAUCAAUAUUCACAUCAUCGUUUACAUUUAUGGAUAGAAUGGUCGAUAGACUUAAAAUUAAAAAGUAAGAAACGUCAAAAUGAUCAUUAUAUAUAUGAUUAUCCAUUUUCAUGUUCACCAAGUUUAAAAAAGGAAGGUGAUUUGUAUAUUCAUAUGCAACUUAUUGGAAAAUUAAAUGAAUUAAUUGAGGAUAGUGGAGAAAAAUUAAGAAUUUUAAAGAUUAAACCAUCAAAUUUUGUUAAUCUUAUAAACAAAGAAAAAAACAUCUUAUCCAAAAUUGAUAGUGAUAUAUUGCCAUUUGUCAUAACUAAAACAAUUACAGGAGAUGGAUUUGGAUAUAAUGAAUUAAUAUUACCUGAUCUUAUGAAUCAAUUAUUUGAUUUUUUCAGUGUUACAAAUUUAUUGACUACUCAACCAAAAUGGAGAAAUAUUAAUGAACCAAAAUUAAAUUAUAUACCACCUUCAAAUAGGUAUGACAGAGAUGAUAUAUUACAAAAAGAAUUUGCAUAUGUUGACGCUGAUAACUAA